UGCUGUUUGCUGUUUGAGCGCGACGUCGUUGCUCAGCGGCGCACUCGAAAGUCAUACAAAAACAUCUUGACGGUAAAAAGUGUUUCCAAGGCUCAACGGUUCCUCCCAAGGCCCAUUUGCUCAAACCCGUCACGCCAUCAAGAAAAAUCAACUUGUUCCCAGUCCACCUGUUCAAAAUAUCAUCAAUCUCCAGCCGGCCAAUUACAGGCCCGGCUCUCCUCGGGCAACCAAUGGCGAGGCCCGGCGGCUCUGACCAAUCCCAGGCUGCAUUCUGACGAGGCCCGUCUUCAUCAAUGUGCUGGUCCAGAUGUCCGCACGCUGCCUCUGUAUGAUAUGCGAAGGCGGGCGGCGGGGGAGCCCAUCUCGUUGGGACAGACGGCCGCGCUGGCCAUGGCUGCCGAGAGGUGAUCAGUGUUGGGACCUCACGAGAGACCAUCAUAUGGUACCAGAACCUUGCCUGUUUUUGUGCUGGUCCUGACUGGAUCUGAGCGGAGUUUGCUGAGACUAAUCCCCACCCCCAUGGAUCCAAACAUCCAAAGUUCUUUGCUGUUCAACAACAGCCUCAACCAGUUUAGCUCCGAGCUGAAGGCGCCAGUAUGCCAGUACUCGGGACCGAGCCCUUUCUACAAGCUCAACGCGGGCCAACUGCCCCCGGGGACCCCUCACGGCAUCAGCGACAUCCUGAGCCGCUCCGUGGCGGGGGCGGGCUCGGCGGGCACCGCCAACUCCCUGCUCUCCGGCUACUCCGCCGCCGGGGCUUUCGGCCCGGCCGUCUCCGGCGCGUCCGUGUAUUACAACCCGGACUACGGCGCCACCUUGAACGCUUGGGCCAAGCCCGGCGCCGAGUGCCCCGUGAAGGCUCGCGCCGUGACCUGCUGGGCUGACGCCGGCUGCGACUGGAGAGGAGCCAAGCAGCAGUGCGCCGACGUCCCGGACCCGCCUGUGUGGAGCUUGCAUCGGAAGAAGCACACCAGGCCCACGUUCAGCGGGCAUCAGAUCUUUGCUCUGGAGAAGACCUUCGAGCAGACAAAGUACUUGGCCGGUCCCGAACGGGCCAGACUGGCUUAUUCCCUGGGCAUGACCGAAUCUCAAGUCAAGGUUUGGUUCCAGAACCGCCGCACCAAGUGGCGGAAGAAGAGCGCGUCGGAGCCCAGCUCCACGCAGGCCCGCGGGGGGGCCUCGGACAACGAGGCGGAGGACGAGGAGUACAACAAGCCCCUGGACCCGGACUCCGACGACGACAAGAUCCGCUUGCUGCUACGCAAACACCGCCGGGCUUUCUCGGUCCUGCGCCUGGGGCCCCCCCACGUGUGACCCCAGCUAGCGCACGCACGCGGUGAUUUGGGGAGUACAUAAACAAUUAGUUACAACGUUCAUGUAACUGUAAUCCAUUACAUUACCGGAAGUGUGUCGUUAAGUUGCGGUUGUAUUUUUUUUUAUCUCUUUUUCAUUAAUACAAUAUUAGUUACUUUUGAAAAAUAGCCGCAAAAGCUCAGAUUUUUCAGUUCUGCCUUCUAAAACGUCUUCUGAUUGGCUCUCUCUGGUCAUGUGACAUUAUGCCCGAGUCUCAAACGUGGCAAUUGUCAUCUAGUGAUACAUUUUUAUUUUUUUGGCUGUGAUUUUGAAAUGUUUGCCUCAUUAUGACACUUUGCAACACAUAAGCGAACAUUGAUUUUUCAACAAAAUAACAUCUUCAUAAUUACUUUUUUUUUGUAACAGGGAGAUUGUUGAAAUUAUACACAUUUGUCAUGUUUGUGUCACAAGCAAGGGAUAAGGGGUCGGACCCAAAUGGACUCACUCCGAAGUAAGGACCUGGUUUACGGGGGAGCUUUAAUACCAGGCUGAGGUCAAAACACAGACAGGCAAGUCCAAAAAGGACAAAGCACAAGCACACGUGGCCCAAAAAAAUAAAAGAAGCGGGGGUCACAUUUCAUGAGGGCGAAAUAUCAAAUAAAAAAACAAAAACCAAAAAACAAGGAACAUGAACAAAACAAGACGAGACUAGACAAUGGGGGACAGGAACGCGGCAACGAGGCAACACACUCACAAACGGACCAACUGGAAAACUAAAACACGACAAACAAGCCCUGACAGCGUUGUGGUUUUGCACAUGCCACAAAUUUUUUUUUUUUCAUUUUUAAUUAUGCACUUACAUUUCAAAAUGUUUUAUCAUAAGCUUCUUUUUUCCUCUGAUAAGGAAAAGUAUGGGUGAGUUCUAAAAUGGUGAUCUUUGAUUUUAAUUCAGUUUUGAUGCAUUCGAAAAAUAACCGCAUGUGAUCCCGUUAAAAUACUUUAACUCACAUUUUAAUUACAUAUUCAAAGAGUAACUUGGAAUUGUAAUUUCCAUGUUAUACACAAAUUAGUUUUUAUUUUGUUUUAUUAAAACAAACUUCUAAUUUGAGGCUUGCUGUCCCAAAUUUGAGCCGUUUUGAAAAUAAAAAAAAAUAUGCGCGCAUUAUUAUUGUGCUUAUAGCGUCACACUGCACUGCAUCAUAUUGAGAGGUUACAAAUGUUUCAGUUACCCAAUUUAGCCUGAUAUUAAAAAAAAUAGCUCCUAUUAUGAUGAAGUAUAGUCAUACAUCACUGCACUCACCAUAAUCAUAUAGUCAAAAUUAAGGCAGUUCCUGGAUACCAAUCUUGUAUUGUAUCACAAUAAUGCAGCUGUACCAAAUAUUUUGCACCUGGCGAUGUCCUAGAGAUUAUAUAUCAAAGUCAAAUACUUGGCAAUAAAAAUUGUUAUGGAAAUAAGAUCAUGUAAUCACUGACUUUUGUUUUUUUUUUUUUUUUGCUGAGGCAAAACAGAACUAGGCGGCUCGUUGCCGUCAUAUUAUUUAUUAAUUCUCCCUGACAGUCAAAAGUUUGUUGGUUCAAAUCUCGGCUCAGGCAUGUUUUUUUUUUUCUUCUUCUUUUCUGGCUGCGGCAGUCGGCGCCGCCCUGGUACAACAUUCAGAGCAAAGAAAAAAAAAAAAAAAACUAGAACGGAGAAUGAGCGACAUUACGUAUUAGGGAACUAAUACUUCUAAGAGUCACAGUUGUGAAAAGAUGUAGCGUAUUCUUGCAUGUGAUGAUUUGGAUUUUGGGAAGUGUCAUUAAAUGAAUACAAAUUAUGUGGUGGUGACAGUUCAAAAACUUUUUUUUUUUUUUGCCCAUGUGGUCCAAUUUAUAGAAAUCAAUACAAGCCGACCAGCUCAUUGACCAAAUAACCUCUGUACUGCACGGCGCUUACAACGCGGUAUGGAGUAAAAUAUGCUGGACAUAAUGUACUGGAACACAAUUUUGCAGUAAAUUCACAGAAAAUAAGUCAAUUAUUUGUAAAGCAUUUGAGCUCAGAUGCAGCAUUUUAGCAUAUUGUGCGAUUCUCAUUUUAUGCAUUCUUUUUUUUUUUUUUCACCCAAAUUUAGUUCAAUUUGCUUUUAUGUACGCACCGAUAAAGGAAAAGUUACUGGUAUGUCACGUCAAUAAAUAGAAUUCUGACACAUUCCGAAUCAUGCUUCCGACUUGUGCGCCGUUCGUUUUCGUGAGGCCUCUCCCUGUAGCGGGGAUGGGGGAGGGUCACCAAGGUCAAGCACGAUGACUAAAGUAAUAUUCCACGAUAUUCUUCCUAUUCCGCAGACUUUAAAUGAAGGUUUACAGGUUGAGCGACCUCGUUAUCCCAAAGCGGGGCUAUUUUUGGACAAGGUGUGUCCAAUUUACUCAACUAAUCUUAAAUAAAAAAGAAAAUUAUAGAAGAUGCUAAAGCGAUGGCCUCACAGUUCUGGGGACUCUGGUUCGAUCCCGGCCCCGCCUGUGUGGAGUUUGCAUGUUCUCCCUGUAGCCUGCGUGGGUUUCCUCCGGGCACUCCGGUUUCCUCCCACAUCCUCAAAAACAUGCAACAUUAAUAUUGGAUACUCUAAAUUGCCCCUAGGUGUGAUUGCGACUGUUGUGUGUCUCUAUGUGCCCAGUGAUUGGCUGGCGACCAGUUCAGCGUGUACCCCGUCUCCUGCCUGUUGGCAGCUGGGACAGGCUCCCGCGGACAACGUGACCCCCGUGAGGAUAAGCUAGCAAAGUAACUGCAUGGAUAGAUUAUCAGCGCUAUACAUGCCAAGAAAAAUAUCAUUAAAUAAUCAAAUAUCAUUAUCAUGACUUCUUUCCAGCUGCCUUUUUAAUUGUAUCCAUCAUAGCAUGUCUUUUCGUCACAUGCACAUGGUUUUAUUCAAUACACACAAAAAUUCUUGCCUUGGCUGAACAUAUAUUGCAGGAGUCUUGUCACACACGCACCCAAAAAAAAAAUAUAUAUAUAUAUUGUUGUAAAAACCAGCAAUUUAAAAAUAUUAACACGUACACAAUGUCCAACAAUGAAAAAUACAACCAGUGCGCAAUAAACAGUUGACGUGAGUCAAGUAUUCGUGAAAUUAGUGAGAUGCGGGACAGGAUUUUUUUGGCAACACUAUUAAGAAAAGUGCACCAUUGGGGAAAAAAAAAAAAGCCAAAGGAAAAAGCCUGCAGUUGUGCCCCCAUUGAGGGGGUGCGUUUGACUAUUAAAAUUCUUUGCAUGCCCCUGCGCGGUCCUGAAAACUAUUUUGUGAUACUGGGGGUCACGGAGCACAUUUCACUUUUUUUGUCGUCGUGACAGGGAAAGGCCGAAAUCCUAAUACUGUACCGGUGUGACGGUCUGAGCACUCUCAGUGCUGAAAAGUGUUUUUGAUUAAUGCGCAUGCGCGUAUAUUUUGUAAACUUCCGGCCAGUCUGAAACAUCCUCAUCCAUGUUUCAACAUGUGCCAUUCGACAACGCGUUCAUAAACACAUCGAAUGUACAUAUAUGUGAAUAUCUUUUUAUUAUUUUUUUUUUAAAUCAACUUUUGUUUUAAGGUUAGGAUAUAACGUAUGAUCGCUCCCUCUAUGUGGAAGAAGGGGAACUGUGAGACUGGGGGAUUUCCCAAUAAGCGUCUGCCGCGUACCCAGAGUUCCCCUCUUAGUAACGCAUACGCAUUUAUCACAAGGAGACUUUUCAGCACAGGGGAGCGCUCAGACCGCCACACCGGCAUCUCAACAUUAAAUUGAUUUUCACACUCGGAAGGCAUUUUUUUUGGACGUGGGGACGCGGUGGGUCUGAAGCCGCCACCGGCUGGCUCGUUGCGAGGGGGCAGCCCCUCAAUGUGGAUGCAAAAAAAAAAAAAUAAAAAAAUAAAAAAUCAGCGAGAUGUUAAAGGUGAAUAAAGCACUUUGUACACAAGGUUUUACUCUAUUUUCUUUUAAAUAUCAAGAGAUUUAAAAAAAAAUAUGUGUUACCCUUAAAUUUAAAUGAUUAAAAACAAUAAAAAAAUCGUUUUUUCCUAAGAACUGCAAUAGUAAGCUAACAGCACGUUUUGACAUUUGUCAAGCUGACAAUUUCGAACACUUGGAAUGGCAAAACUGCACAUUUUUAAAAAUACUUUACAUGCCUUUUAGUCAAUUGUUCAGCAUCGACCCCCCACCCAAAAAAAAAAAAAAAACAAAACGUGCGGGACAUCGAACAGCUGUCUGAAAUCAUUUGUGGAAAAUAGCAGUCACAGCAAAGAGAAUUAAAAAAAAAAAACCUGUAAAUAGCUAAAAAUAGAAAAAUCAAAAACAAAAGCACGUAUACAGUUAAUCUAUGGCUCAAUAAAUAAGUUCUGAACACACAUUAACAAAAUUGCCUGGUUAUAAUAAUAAUAACAAUAAUAAGUUUAGAGAGUAAUGCUCAUCUGGAGCGUGCUUAUGCUAAUAAACUAAAAUGUAAAAAGGUCACGUGAGGGUGUUGAACUUGAAAGAACUUCCAUGAGGAUCAACCAUCUGUUAUUUGACCUUCGAUACAACUCCUACUUUUGAGCCCCCCCCUACUUUCCCGAGCGUGUUGCUGCACCGUAAGACACACCCAUGCAAAAAAAAAAAAACAGUAGCAGUUACUAACA